ACGGCAGGGACUAACGUGACUAUUUUCCAAUGGUGAAAAUCACUGUUAAAUAAACCUAAUCUUUGUUUAGCUUGCACCUUGAUGAAUGGAGCCUGCAACCGAGAAGAGAGAGGAUUUUGGGAAGUUGCAGUACGGAUGCGAGCACUAUAAGAGACGAUGCAAAAUUCGAGCACCAUGCUGCAAUCAGAUUUUUCCAUGUCGUCACUGCCACAACGACGCCGCGAACUCAUCUAGCAACCCCGCAGAUCGUCAUGAACUUGUUAGACGCGAUGUUAAGCAAGUUAUAUGCUCUGUCUGUGAUACUGAACAGGAGGUUGCCAAGGUGUGUUCUAGCUGUGGCGUCAAUAUGGGAGAAUAUUAUUGCGAGAUUUGCAAAUUCUAUGAUGAUGAUACGGAUAAAGGACAAUUCCAUUGUGAUGAAUGCGGCAUUUGCAGGGUUGGUGGUCGUGAUAAGUUCUUUCACUGUAAGAAAUGUUGUGCUUGCUAUUCAGUGAGUGUGCAAAACAAUCACUCAUGUGUAGAGAACUCAAUGAAGAGUUUCUGCCCUAUCUGUUUGGAGUACCAAUUUGAUUCAAUAAAAGGCAGCACCAUUUUGAAGUGUGGACACACAAUGCAUAUGGAGUGCUAUCGAGAGAUGGCAACUCAAAAUCAGUAUCGCUGUCCUAUAUGCUUGAAGACAAUAGUCAAUGAUAUGAACUGGGAAUAUUUAGAUCGAGAGAUUGAAGGCGUUCAUAUGCCUGAGGAGUACAAGUUUGAGGUUUCAAUUCUAUGCAAUGAUUGUAACUCUACCAGCACAGUAUCUUUUCACAUAUUUGGUCACAAGUGUUUACAGUGCGGUUCGUAUAACACCCGUAGGAUUUCGAAACCCAAACAAGAAGGUUUGGGUGUUAGUGGAACCUAAUUAUAAAAUCAUCCCAAAAUUUCUAUUCUAUUCUUUACAUUUUGUUUUAAUCACUUUUGCUUAUUUUCCCGAUGUAAUAUCAAAGGGAAAUAAAAGGAUAUACAUUAUUAUUUUGCCGAUAGUAUUGGCUUAUGUUGUGAAAUAUAUUGUGACUUGUGUUACUUGCAUGC